GCCACGCCCCCACAGCGCCAUGUGCAGAUCACAGGCUUAGGAGCGGCUAGUGAGUUUGGCUGUGGAGGAGAAGCUGAGCUGCUGAACUUUGUUCACCAUGACUCUGAACUUCAGUAAGUGUCAGUCCGUGCUGAUCACAGGGGCGAGCAGAGGACUGGGCCUGCAGAUGGUCAAACAACUGGUCAGCAAUGCAGAGAGACCCAAAAAGAUCAUAGCAACUGCGAGGAAACCGGAAGAAGCUCAGGAUCUGCAGCAGCUUGCAAAAUCCCAUCCAGACAUUCAUAUUGUGCCUUUAGACGUGGUCAGUGAUGCCAGCAUCGACGCUGCUGUCAAAGAAGUCUCCUCCAUAGUGGGUCCAGCUGGUCUGAACUGUUUAAUCAACAAUGCUGGGAUCCUGAUUGAUACUGACCUCAACACAGUGACCAGAGAUGCUAUGACAAAGACCUUUGAGAGCAACACGGUGGCUCCACUGUUCGUUACGAAGGCGUUCCUGCCGUUGUUGAAGACCGCCGCAGCGGCCGGCCAAGGCAGUGGAAUGGGGGUUCACCGCUCAGCUGUGGUCAACAUCUCCUCUCUCCUGGGCUCCAUCCAGCUCAACUGGGGCGAAGCAGCCAACUUUAAAACCUACGCUUACAGGGUCUCUAAGUCUGGCCUGAACAUGGUGACUCGGUGUUUGGCGGCUGCUGUGGAGUUAGAGGGGAUCCUGUGUGUUGCUCUUCACCCUGGUUGGGUUAGGACUGAUAUGGGAGGCCCUGAGGCUCCUCUGAGUCCAGAGGAGAGCGUUUCAUCCGUGCUGUCUGUUAUUUCCGGACUGACUGACAAGGACCAUGGGGAAUUUUUAAGUUAUGUUGGAGAAAAGUUACCAUGGUGAUCCCAAAGAUGCCUUAGUGUGCCGAAGCAUGAGAUCACAAAGAAACUAAAUGGUUAUUGUUACAGAUACAAACUUCUGGUUGUGUUUAAAUGCGAUAACUAACUUCAUAUGUUUGUCCUGUCUUAAUAAACACCUUGCUGUCUGUCAUCUCACCCGA